UCCGGGGUGAAAACUCUCCGCCGGCCACGUCAAAUAGAUUAAAAGGGAUCGUGCAGAGUUAUUUCGGGAUGCCUCGGGAAUAGCCGGGCAGGCAGGCAGGCGGUCGGUCAGUCAGUCGAGUCAGGCGUUCAGUCGACCGGGGAGUUCAGCGUCAUGUCGCUGAGGCUCCUGCCCGCCAUCAUCAUGGACGACGAGGACGACGACGGCAACUUCACCAAGUGGAUGAGCAGCUACUGGGGACACGGAGCCGAAGGGUUUGGAGGGGGGGCCGGAGGACACUCGCGGGAAAGGAAGCGGAGUUUUAGGAGACCCGCCAAGACCAGAGUUGAUCGGAGGGCGUCACUUCCCACUGUGUCUCAGCUUGACGCCAUGAAGCUGAACCGGUUGCACGCCGCCACCAUGGCGCCGGCGCCAAGCCACGCCAAGGUCCGAGAGGAGAAGGUGGAGGUCAGACCCCACCAGAGGGCUCGGCGGACCUCUUUGGAUGAAAACGGUCGUCCCAAGUCGGCCGUCCCGGAGAACCGUAUCGGCACGAUCCCGGAACUGGCAGAAUCCUUCCAAAAAAGACUUUGUCUUCAAGAUAAUUGCAGCCUGUCACUGAAUGACGAUGCCAAGCUGUGUCUGCUGUGCCAUGACAACAUGUACAAAAGCGGCGGCGGCGGCGGGGCCGUUCAAGACCUGCACUGUGCGCACGCCUUCCACAAGGAGGCCGCUCGCAGGUCCGAGCCGUGCGGCGGCGGCGGCAGCGGGGGCGAGAUGACGGCGGUCUGCCCGGCGAAGAUCGUCCCGAGCGGCAGGAGGAGGUCGGCGGACGAGACGCAGCAGCAAAAGCAACAACAGCACCAGCAGCAAUACACGUUCCGACGGCAGCUUUCUCUGCGCAGGCACCGCUAAAUUCUCGCCAGAACUCUACGGUGGCGACCCGUCCGCCUCGUUCCCUUUCGGUGGCGAUUCACCUGGCGUAAUCCACCUUUUAAUACCGCAAGAGGUCACGAUUAUUAUAAACCAUCAAAUACUUUACAAAAAUGUCAUAUAACAGUGCCACUUACAUUAUAUGAAAAAGUUCACAAUCAAUAUUUAACUACCGUAAAUCCAGGCCUACAGAGCCCACCUGGUUAUAAGCCUCACCCAGUACAUUUGUAAAGGAAAUACCAUUUGGUACUUGCAUAGGUCGCAGCCGUGUAAAAGCCGCAAGUGCCCACAUUGAAACCGGCUUUGAAACAUGCGAUAUUUACAAAUACGGUACACAGAGAGUUUAACGCAGGGGUGUCAAACUCAUUUUUGUCACGGACCACAUCGUAGUUACAGUUUCCCUCAGACGGCCGUUAUGACUAAAACCAUAAUCUUUAAUCGCCUCAUCAUAUUUACACUAGUUAUGAAUCGGAGAACAAGUGUAAUAGGGUUUUUCAUACACUGUUCAUGUUUGCUAACACAAAAUACUUAUAAUAUCUCAAUGUUAUCAUUGAUGAUGUGUGACUUUGAA